AUGAGAGGAGCGAAGGCAGUUUUUCUCAUUUUGUUUUUCGGCCACCUCUCAGCGCUGCCUGAUACAAUACGAAUUGGCGGUCUAUUCCACCCCGAGGAUGAUAAGCAAGAAGUUGCGUUCCGAUACGCCGUGGAAAGGGUUAACGCGGACAGGGCUGUGUUGCCUCGAGCGAAAUUACUCGCUCAGGUAGAAACAAUAUCGCCUCAAGACAGUUUCCACGCGUCUAAAAGAGUAUGCCACCUCCUACGAAGUGGAGUGGCAGCUAUCUUCGGACCACAAUCGGCACCCGCGGCGGCGCAUGUCCAGUCCAUAUGCGAUACAAUGGAACUACCACAUUUGGAGACCAGAUGGGAUUAUAGAACGAGGCGGGAGUCCUGUCUCGUCAACUUGUACCCGCACCCAGCUGCACUUAGCCGCGCAUACGUAGACCUCGUCAAAGCCUGGGGAUGGAAGUCGUUCACAAUAGUUUACGAGAACAGCGACGGUCUAGUUCGCCUGCAGGAAUUACUGAAAGCCCAUGGGCCAUCCGAACUGCCGGUUGCGGUUAGACAACUGCCCGAUUCUCAUGACUACAGGCCACUUUUGAAACAAAUAAAGAACUCAGCGGAAUCCCACAUUGUACUCGACUGCGCCACUGAGAGGAUCAGGGAUGUUUUACAGCAAGCGCAACAGAUUGGAAUGAUGUCGGAUUAUCACAGUUACCUCAUCACGUCUUUAGAUUUACACAGCGUUGACUUAGAAGAGUUUAAAUAUGGCGGUACUAACAUAACAGCUCUAAGAUUACUUGAUCCAGAAAGACCCGAGGUACAAAGAGUAGUCAGAGAUUGGGUUUAUGAUGAAGCGAGAAAGGGAAGGAAAUUACAACUGGGACACACCUCGGCGAAGGAAAAUAUGACUUUUAUUAAGACUGAAACAGCGUUGAUGUAUGACGCUGUCCAUUUGUUCGCGAAAGCGUUGCACGACCUCGACACGUCGCAGCAAAUUGACGUGCGGCCUCUCUCGUGCGAAGCGGAGGACACAUGGCCUCAUGGAUAUAGCUUAAUUAACUAUAUGAAAAUAGUAGAAAUGAAAGGUUUAACGGGUGUUAUAAAGUUCGAUCAUCAAGGUUUCCGCAGCGAUUUUACCCUUGACAUAAUAGAGCUGACGAGGGAUGGCCUACAAAAGGCUGGGACGUGGAAUGCAUCUGAAGGCGUCAACUAUACAAGGUCUUACGGCGAUAACCAGAAGCAAAUCGUCGAAAUACUCCAAAACAAAACGCUCAUCGUAACUACAAUUUUGAGCGCACCCUACUGCAUGAGGAAAGAGGCGAGCGAGAAACUGACCGGCAACGCACAAUUUGAGGGUUACGCAAUCGAUCUAAUUCACGAGAUUUCAAAAAUCCUUGGCUUCAAUUACACAUUCAAGCUCGCUCCCGAUGGUCGAUACGGCUCGUUCAAUCGUGAGACCAAAGAGUGGGAUGGGAUGAUACGAGAAUUGCUGGAACAACGGGCUGAUUUAGCGAUCGCUGACCUUACAAUCACGUAUGACAGAGAGCAAGUCGUAGACUUCACGAUGCCGUUUAUGAACCUCGGUAUAUCUGUGCUCUACCGCAAACCAAUCAAGCAGCCACCAAAUCUCUUUUCCUUCCUCUCCCCUCUGUCUUUGGACGUCUGGAUCUACAUGGCAACUGCGUACUUGGGAGUGUCCGUUCUUCUAUUUAUACUUGCAAGGUUCAGUCCGUACGAGUGGGACAGUCCCCGGAACUGUGUUGACGAGCCGCCAGUCCUGGAGAAUCAGUUCACACUGUUGAACUCGCUAUGGUUCACCAUUGGAUCAUUGAUGCAGCAAGGUUCGGAUAUCGCACCGAAAGCUGUUUCGACUCGUAUGGUGGCUGGCAUGUGGUGGUUCUUUACAUUGAUUAUGAUAUCUUCGUACACUGCUAACUUAGCAGCUUUCCUUACUGUGGAAAGAAUGGAUUCGCCAAUUGAAAGUGCAGAAGAUCUAGCUAAACAAACCAAAAUAAAAUAUGGAGCGUUGAAAGGAGGUUCUACAGCUGCAUUUUUUAGGGACUCAAAUUUCUCUACGUACCAACGAAUGUGGUCAUUCAUGGAAUCUGCGAGACCUUCGGUAUUUACGAGCAGCAAUAAAGAGGGGGAGGAAAGGGUCAUGCGUGGGAAAGGGUCGUAUGCAUAUCUAAUGGAAUCCACUACCAUUGAAUACGUUGUAGAGAGAAACUGUGAUUUGACGCAAGUUGGUGGAAUGUUGGAUUCAAAGGGAUAUGGAAUAGCGAUGCCGCCUAAUUCGCCAUACCGUACCGCUAUAAGUGGCGCUGUUUUGAAACUGCAAGAAGAAGGGAAACUGCACAUAUUGAAAACAAAGUGGUGGAAGGAGAAACGCGGCGGCGGCUCUUGUAGAGACGAGACCUCGAAAUCUUCGUCCACUGCCAACGAACUGGGCUUAGCGAACGUGGGCGGCGUUUUCGUGGUGCUGAUGGGCGGUAUGGGGGUCGCUUGCGUCAUAGCCGUCUGUGAAUUCGUCUGGAAGUCUAGGAAGGUGGCAGUCGACGAACGGAAGGAGGAGGCGUCGCUAUGCUCAGAGAUGGCAUCGGAGCUACGUUCUGCUUUGAAGUGUCCAAGUGGGGGGAGCGGAGGGGGCAGCGGGCCGCGGGAGGGGGCGGAUUCCCCGUACUUGCACUAUGGAUUCAGUACUAAAAGUCAGCUCCACUAGCGAGCAGACCGUGCCUUCGCGCCCCCCAGUGACGUGUAGGCAUGGGCUGAUAACGUAACAAAUUUAAACAUUAAACUCAGGAAAAUGGGAAAAAUCGUAAUGAAUUUUUUAUCGAUUCGUCAAUAUCAAACUCGAGGAUACUGGUUGACGGUCAUUAAUUUAAUUCUCUCGCCUCUUGUAUUAAUCUGAUGCGAAGAUAUUCUUAAAUUAGUAUGAAUGAUUAAAAGGUAACACUAAAACGUAAAUUAUUAUAAACGACAUGUUCAAACAGAUUUAUAUUGUCUAUUGAGUUUUAUUAUGUGCCAAAUACAUAAUAGGAACGAAAUAUACCAAAUAAUAUUAUGUAUCGUACAAUGGGUGUUGCGUUUAUGAUCGCUUUUUACAAAAAUUUACUUAUCUAUAUACAACUACUGCCGUAUUUCUGAGAUCAGUGUAAAUAAUAUAACUCAUAUCGAAUAAAUUAAGAUACAAUAAAAUUGUUGUGACGUACGUAUUUUAAUAUUUUUAGACUUAGAUAUGUUUUCGACUUCAAGAUAUACGUUAAAUGAACUAAAACUUGCCAAAUAAAGUUGUGCCAAAUAUUAUGCAAGUUUGAUGUAAAUAGUAGACACAUUUAUCUGUAAGAAGUCAUCUUCCAUAAUUGUAAUUUGAAGCUGCUCAUAGCUAUUGUAAAUAUCAUUUCAUUCAAAUAGAUUAUAUCGAAACUGGUUUUAAAGAAAUAAAUCGAAGUGUUAUUUGUACGUCUAAUUACGCAAUUAUUAAUUGAAAAUGCUCACGUCGUGUUUUACAGCUCAUUUACACUACAUCCGACCAACCUCAAUGACGUCAUAAAAGCGGGUAUAAAUUUUUGUUUAUUUCGGGUUACCGAUUGAUAUUCAAGCGUUAGAGAAGUUAAUAUCCAAUGUUGGCAAUCAACAUAUUGUCAAAGCUACGAAUAACAGUGUAAUUUGAUUUGGUUGCCAAAUUUGAUCGUUAAUUCUGAUUCUAAUACGAAAUUGGCCCGUCAAAUUUGUAGCAAAUUGCUUUUUUUAUUGACCAAUGAAAUAUUCAGGAGCGACUCUAUUGAACAAAAUAGCGUUUAGUUUUUGAAAAGGAUCUCAAACAAUCAGAAAUCCUGGACAAUAUUGGUUUUCUGUAUAAUGUGAUGUUAUCGAAAAUCUAUCGAAAAUCGUUGUAACCUCCAACAUUGGGUCUUGCGAUUAGUGUAAAUGUGCGAUAUAAAUAGAAAUAAGUUUGAGGAUAGAAAUAAGAUUUGUGUAUUUAAAAUUGACCACGGUAAAAGAAUUAUGGAAUAUAUUAGAUAAUUCACAAAAACAACGGAAGAUAUAAAGCAUUUGUGGCUAACAGCUCAACGUGUGCCAAAACAUUCAGUCUACAGUCUUAAUAUAUUUUGUAAGUUCAUACGUAAAUUGACUAAAAU